GUGUUUUAGCACGCUAUGUUUUGUUUAUAUUUUUCUGAAAAUAAUUAUUGAAUUAAAUAAAAAAUGCUUCGGAAAACAAGUCGAUUUUAAACUGGAAUCAGCUGCUUUCAUCGUUACUAACCACAAAGCUGUUAGCCAAUAAUAUUUCGGAAUUUUGCGGCAUUUGACCAAUCCGAUGCGUCGGCGUCAUCAAAAACCGGAUGUUUACAAGAAUAGCACUAAUAAUUUAGCGUCGUAAAAGAGUAGGCCUUCAGUGAAAUAACGGAUUAUUUCCAUAACUUUAAAGGAAGCACCGCCACAAAUAAAAAGGAAAUAUGGUCUGUGAAAAGUGUGAGAAGAAGCUGGGGAGAGUCAUCACCCCGGACACUUGGAAGGACGGAGCUCGAAAUACGAUAGAGAGCGGCGGCCGCAAGCGUAAUGAAAACAAGCUCCUGACUUCGAAGAAAGCCAGGUUCGACCCGUACAGCAAGACCGGCUUCGCCACAUGUCGCAUCUGCAAGAGCUCCGUCCAUCAGUCGGGAUCGCACUACUGCCAAGGCUGCGCUUACAAGAAAGGAAUCUGCGCCAUGUGCGGGAAGAAGGUCCUCGACACCACCAACUACAAGCAGACGUCAGUGUGACCGUGCCGUACGUCAUACGUUUGUCACCGGUUUCCCCACAAUGUCCUCUCAUGCCACACUUGAACUCUUUACUCUAUCUUAGAGCGUAAUACACCCUGAUUGCAAGUUGUAGUUAUUGUAUUUAGAUUUUUUUUUCCCUUAGUAUGUUUUUUAUGUGUACAUGAUGUGAUUCAUAUUUUUGGAGUAAAAUCUUCAGUCUAAAAAAAAUAAAAUAAAUGGAAGACCUA